GCAUGACAGAAGACAAUGUUCAUUCGUUGGUGUUGGUUCAACCCCUGUCCCUUCUUCCCCUCCUGAUCCCUGUUCUGCACAUGGCUACUUCCUCCUUUCUGCUUAGCCUAUCUCAAGUGACAGUAGCGCAGGUGCGUCCUGCUGCAGGUGCAAGACAGAAGUCCAGCGUUCUUUCCUCCAGUAUCCGUACGAAUACCUUUUUUAGUUCAGGGCAGUCACCAGUGUCAUUCUCCUUCCCGUUGAUCGUGACUUCCGCAACCUCCUUCCUGCCGUGCUUUCUACCUAAUCGCUUUGGGAUCAAUGAGCCCCCUUCUCAAAUGGGCCCUGCCUCUCUCUUUUGGCCCCUUUCCAUACCAGGUACUUGUGUCAUGUAUUGUCUCCGUGCCUGCCUCUAUCAUCUUGACAUCUGACGAUCGUCACCUCGAAUCAUUACACACCUCAUCAGGUACCUGAAGGGAAAGUGCUGAGAGUACGUACUUGUUGUGCCGUGCCUUCCAUGUCCCGGGCACUGAACAGUCCAGUUGGGAGAGAAAGAGGUAGGUACUCCUGUCAGGUACCUACCAAUGGGUCAGUCAGGUACUGAGAGGCAAGGAGAGAAUGUGUGCCUGGCCUGGCUAGCCCGCCUGCUCGCCUGCCCGCCUUCUCCAGGUGGCCUUGCUUAGCGCGUCCCAGGCUCCGUCCACUCCCGGCCUCCGUUCUUCAGUCCAGUCCCAAACUCCCAGGUCAGGCAGGAGGGAGCACUCCAG